AUGCAACGAAUACUUCUCUUAUCCUUCCUGUUAAUACCAGCCAGUAUACAGUCUACAUACACCACAGAAUCAUAUUUCGAUAGUAGUGAAGAGGCUCCAAAUGUGUUAUUGAAUCAUCUAAAUGGCUCAGAUGACGAGGAGCUGACACAAGUCAAUGAGACCCAGCCGACCUUUGUUCCAGGCUCCUCAAAACGUCUCACCGAAUAUCUUCUCUCCAAACAUAACCACAAUGCACCGCCCGACGGAUUACUGUACGUAGAAUACGAACUAGAGCUGGUUCACAUUCUAGGCAUCGAUGAGUUGAAACAAACAAUGACAGUGCUAAUCUAUGUGGACGAGCACUGGAUUGAUCCUAGCUUAACUUGGGAUCCAGCACUAUUCGGAGGGAUUACAAAGACAUGGGUCCCACUGGACAAGAUUUGGGUUCCCGAUAUUAUUGUGUUCAACAUGUUGGCACACGAGGAUCUUCUCUCAGCCGUUCGCGCGCCAGCCAGGAUCUACAGUAACGGGACAGUGGUGGCAAGUCAUCCGGCAGUGCAUACUGUGUCUUGUGAGAUCAACAUCAGACAUUUUCCACUGGAUGAUCAGCGAUGUGCCAUUGAGAUUGCUUCCUGGGCCUAUGGCCAUGAGAAAAUUCGACUCCAUGCGCACACCGAUCACUCUCUGGAGCACUACAAACGCAAUGAAGAGUGGCAUCUUCUGAAUCUCAAUGUGACUGAAGAGAAAUACGAGCACGAAGGAAUCGAAGUGUCAGAAGUGAAGUUCGAAAUUUCUGUAAAACGACGACCCUUGUUCUACAUGGUCACUCUGACAUUCCCCAGUUAUAUCAUGUGCGCAAUUUCUGUGGUUGGAUUGUUCGCCAGGUUUUCGACUACUGGAGAACGAGAGGAACGCUUCACACUUGGCGUUACAGCCAUCUUGACAAUGGCUGUUCUUUCACUGGUGGUCAGUGAAAAAGUGCCGCAUAGUUCGACACAUGUGCCGUUGUUAGUUGCCUAUUUCCUCUUCAACAUGGUCAUCGUCUCAAUCGCCGCAAUGACAACUGGAAUUGUCAUGAAAGUUCAUCGACUCGGGCGGUAUGGAGAUGAACCACACGAGUUUUGGAUGAAACUCUUCUUCCUGAGACCCAUCUUCAGAACAUCUAAUCGAAGAACAUAUCGUAUGAACCCAGAGGAGCCCACUCAAGUGAUUCUAGUUUCUGAGACUAGAAAUGGCGAUUUGCAGACGAAGAAAACGUCGGAGUUGAAUGGUACAGCGGUUAAGGAAGUUAUGCUGUCUUCUCGACUGGAGGCUCUAGAAGAGUACAUUCGGAAAAUGGUGAAUCGUUGUGAAUCGAUAAAGUGGGAACUCGACGAAAUCGACGCCGCUGAGAAUAUCGAAUUGGUCCGCCGUCGAUCAACCAAUGGAUACGUUCGAAUCUCAGAACGUUUGGAUAUCGUCUUCAUGUUCUUCUUCUUGUCAACUGUCACCAUUCCAGUGGCAGUUCUAUUCUACUUGUCUUAA